GCAAGCAACUUCGAAGACACUCUUGAUAUCUUUAUGAUUUAGAAGAAGUCAAUCGUUAUGUUAAAGCGAAAUUAAGUUUUUUGGUAAAGAAGAAUCAGUAUUGGACUGAUGUGAUAAAUAAUCAUUAAACUAUUCACAAUUUAGUGUAUUAGAAAAAGACUAUUAGAAAUUCAGUCAUAAAUGAAUAUAUUUUUAAUCCAAGCGGGAGAGGUUUCGAAGAGAAAAGACAGAAUGUAGCGAUGACAUUGUUAGUGACAUUCUUUUUCGUACGGAACUUUUGACAUAUAGGAUAAUUUUGCAUUUGAUUAUUGUUGGAAAUUAAUAAAAUAUGCUGAAACAUAAGGAAGAAAACUUCAUAUUGACAUAUACCAAAAUCUGAAAAUGUUAAAAUAGGGUAUAGGGUACGAAAAAUACCAGCGGUGUACCGCUGAUGUUUUUUUGAAGGUGUUGUAUUAUGAUGUACUACAUCAAAGUGAGUGAAUACUUUUGAAGUCUGUUAAACUGACUGAGUUGAGUGGCUUUCAAUAUACUCUAAUAACGUUGAUGAGUCUGAGCUCCCUACACUCGCCACGGAACCCAAAUCAACCUCAGUUAUGAGAUAAAUUUUUUUAUUAUGGAUGGUACUGCAAAAUAUUUAAUUAGUAAUAAAAUAUAUUGUGAAACUGCUUUCUUCUCGAUUAAUUCGAAUUUGAGUAGAAACCACUUUGCAUUCGUUUAUAGCUGGAACCGAAAGUUUUAAGUAGCAGCGCCAGUUCUUAUGAGUACUGCGGUUUACCAGCGGAAGUGCGACAUGAGCGGAAGCGGUAGUUUUCAAUUCUCAGAAGACUAUUCUUUAAUAAUGCCAUUUUAAAGAGAACAACAUAAAAGGUCACCAUGUUUUCUAUGACCUUCAUGCUGUUGUCUUUAAAAUAACAUUCUUAAAAAUUAGUCUUUUGAGACCUGAAAACAACUGUAUCCGGCUUUUUUCGAAACCUUGUCAUCAUAGUUCAUCUAGGAAACCUUACUAUAGAAUGUAUUAGAUAGAAAUCUCUAUUGGCUAUUAAUAUCACUAUCUGCGUUUAUGCUAAUUGCGUAACAGUAUAGAAAAAAAAUACAUUGUUGUUACACUUCUUUCCAUCAGCUUGUAUAGAUGAAUUCUUUUUUGUCUGAGAACUUAUGCAUAGAAAUGUGUAUCGGAACUUUAAAAAUUGACUCUUCAGAUAUCCUACGGGUUGUAUCCAUUAACAUCUGCUAACAAUAAUCACAUAUUUCCUAAGAACAUUAAAGGAAAGAAAAAAACCGUCUCUUUAUAGAAAUCUGUCAUAUUUUCAAAAUAAUAAUCAAUUACAAGAUUGAAAAAAGAUAAAUUCAUACAUUCAAAAUUAUCUUGUUAAAGAAAACAAAGUAAUCUAUGACCGUAAUUUAGUAAUCUUAUAUAAGAAUUCAUUCUUUAGUAGAACUCUAAAAGUAGAAAGAAUGAUGAUAAUGUAUUCCUAGAAAAGGUCUUAUUCCAGUACAGUGAUGUAAAUAAGUUUAUAUUUUAGAAAUAUUUUUAGUUUAGUUUGUGUUUUUACAAUGAUAAUAUUAUUGGUUUUUUUGAAAAUCUUAUUCUUAUAAAGGCUUAUCAUCAAAAUGAUACAGAAAUACGCUUAUUGGUAUCAUUUCAGCUAAUUAAAACACAGAUUUUUAUAGUUUUGGCAAUACCAGAAGGUCAUCCACUGAUGUCAUAUUGUAGAUUAACCUUUAAUGAUACUAUUACUAUUUCUAUGAUUAAAAUAUAAUAGAAGAUAAUAAGAAGUUUUUUAGAUUAUUAAUUCAAAACAAUAAAAAAACAUAUCUAUUUAUUCACUGUGUGUUCGAGAAAUUCUCUCUUUAGAUUUAAUCAUACAUGCAUAGAUUUAUAAAUCGAUAGAUUGAGCUGCCACUAUCGAAACAAAAGAAUAUAUAACAAAGUUAAUAAAAGAAGAUGUUGACCAUUGAAAUGAUUUCUCCUGAGUCUAAUUCUUUAUUCGUCUGUUCCGCCUAUAAUUAUUUUUCUUAUUCAAAAAAAUUCCUUCGAAACUUUUCCGAUACUAUCAUCGAUCUAUGUAUAGAUAGAGUAAAAUGAGAAUUCUUUUAUUAAAAUUCUUUAUUUAUAGAUUAAAUCUGGUGGUGAAAAUAAUAAUAAUAAUAAUAAUAAUCGUCUUGUUCGUGAUAUAAGUGUUGGUCCAUUAUCAAUAAAUAGUUUUCAAAAUGAAGCAACAACAAAAACAAGUUUAUCAAAUUUUAGUCGUGAAACAUUAGCUGAUGAUAUUGAACUUCCACAUGGUACAAUUGAUGGUGGAGUUGUUAGUGCUAAUGAAAUUGUUGGUCAAAUGGAUGAUUCAAUUGUAUUACAAGUAUCACUAAAUGAUAAUGAUAAACAACGAAUGUUUAAUAAAACAUAUUCAGCACAAGAAAAUACAGCAGCUAGUAUUGAAGAGAUUGCAACUAAGAUUGAUCGUGUUGAAGAUCAUUUAUUUUCAUAUCGACGUUUUAUGGAUUUUAUUCGAGCAAAAUCGGAAAAAAGUGCAUCACUUGUUCGUGAUGAUAGUUUUACAAAUAUAGUCAAUUCUUCUAAUAUUUCAUCAACUUAUAAACGAUUAGCUUCUGCUCCACCGGAAAAUAAUCUUCCAACAUCUUCAACUACAAAUCAACGUCGAUCUCGUUUUGAUGCUAAUACAAAUAGUAGUCAUGAUCAUUUACCAUUAUUAACAUCAUCCAUAGAUGAUGGUGUUAUAUCUGAUGUGAUGUCAAAUUCAGUAACAGCAACAACAAAUGGAACUGCAAUGGGUUCAUCAAAAAAUCGAUUUUUUUCAUUAAGUCGUCGUUUUCGUUUUCGUGUACAAUCACCAGAUAAAGAAACAACAAUACAACCAGCAUCUGUUCAUUUUCUUGAUGAAGAUAUCGAUUUAGAAACUAAAGAACGAACAAUAAGAAAAUCAGAUCAACAUGGAUAUCGACCAUCAAAAGGCAUAUUAAAAGCAUUAAGACAUCGUUCACCAUUUCGUUUCCGUUCAAAAGAUGCUGUUAUUCCCGAACAAGAACCAUCACCACCUCCCCGACCUUUACAAGUACCUCCUUCACCAGUAUCAUCUACUCCAUUGCCACCAACGGGUUCAUCAAAAGAUAAUCAUUCAAAAAUACCACCAUCUGCUCCUCAAAGCAAACAACGAGGUCGAUUAGUUGAAUUAAGAAAAACUACAUCAAAAUCAUCUUCAUCAAAUGGUACAUCUCGUAAACCUGUUAAUAUAACACCAACAACAGAACCAACAGCUUCAACAUUAGUAAGACGUACAUCUGGUUUAAAAGAUCUUAUACAUAAAUUUGAAGCAACACCAUCUGAUCGACCACCAAAACCUAAACGAGUUUCAAUGGAUGCUAAUAUGUCAAAUAUUUCUUCAAUAGAAAUUAAUCAAGAUGAACAAAUUAAAAAAGGAACUAGUCAGUUAGAUGUUCCAAAUGAUGAUCAACAACGUGUUUCAACACUUUCUUCAAUGAAUAAAUCAAAAACAAUUGAUAUUCCGGAUCUAUUACGAAAUGUUGCUAAAGAUCCAACAGGAACAUCAUCAUCAACAACAACAACAACAACAACAACAGCUACAAAAGCAAUUUUAAGACAUUCAAAUUCAAGUCGACAAACAGCCUCAUUUGAUUCAACUACAAGUAUGGUUAGUGCAAGUGAUUCUGUUGUAACAACGAACAGUAGUACAAGAAGACCAACAUCAACAGCAAGACCAUUAAUGAUUUCUCUUAGCAAAGAUGAAUCAUAG